AUGGAAGAGGAGACAGCAGCUGCUCCCCAGAAAACUUCCCUGGGCCAGGAAGCUGCAUCUGGGCAGCCUGACAACCAGCUCAGCUCAAGCCUUCACACGCAUGUGGCCUUCAUGCGCCAGCAAGAGGCUCCACGGGCCCAGGAGAUACCAUCACAGUCCCGGGGCGCGCUCCCCGGCCUCGGACCCCGGCGGCGAGCCGCGCGGACCCCUGCCUGCCACCCGAGGGAGGCCCGGACCCCUAGCCGGCAGGACUGCGCGCCGCCCCUCCCCGUUGGUCCAGGCGAGCGCCUCGCUUCCCCUCCCCCCUUCCCGCCUCCCCGGCCCGUGUCCCCGCCUUCCCCGCGGGCGACGGGCGGCGGCGGCGGCGGUGGCGGGAGGAGCGGGCCGGGCCGAGGCAGCCCCGACCUUGCGCGCUGCGAUGUAGCGAACCAGCGAGGACCGAAGCUGCGCGCACAGCCGGAGACACAGCUGGAACCGGGGCCCCAGCCGAAGUCGAAACCUCAGUCAGAGUCCGUGGCGAGCGAGCCCGGAGCCGACGAGCCGAGUGCGCAGCGCAACCCGCGUGGGGCGUUUGUGAGGUCCAGCCGGUGGCGCGCAACUGAGCGCAUCCCGGGAAAGGCCAGGCGCCAUCGAGGCAGCACGAGGAGCUCGUUCCUGCGCCCAGCGCGCAGUCCCAGCUGCCGUCGCCAGGCGCUACCUUGCCUACCUGGUGAGCCCACCCCACGCUUCGGCCCCGGGCACCCCAAGAGGGCAGCAGCCCCGGGGACGCGAGUCCCAGCCCUGCGAAGGGCUAGCUCCCCACGCCCUUCGCAACCUUUCGUGGCGGCGCAGGUCGCUGGGGAACUCCAGGACACUGGGCAGCCGAAAGGGCCGCCCGCCGUCCCGGCUGCGCCCCGGAAUGGGGACCCCAGAACGAGCGAAAGCGCGGGCCCCUCUGCACGCCCGGGGACUGCAGCCGCAGCUUCGUGUCAAGAGGGUAUUUUUUCUAAACAAUACCGCUUCAUUCGUUCGUUCGUUGGUUCCUUCGGGCAGCUAUGCCGCAGAAAAGCAAAAGACAUCGGCCGGAGCCCCGGCUCUCUUCGCCGAGGACCCCGACGUUUCGCCGCCCGUGCUCGGAGGCGCCCCCAGCCCACGGCGGCCUGCCCUCGCCCGCACGGGUCGGGCUUUUCCUUACCCAGAGAGGAACCCCAAAUGCUCUUCGCAAAAUCCAAUAAAGACAUUCCCGCGGCUUCUCCGGGGUUUGAUUGUUGACGCAGGCUUCCCGGGCACACAGCCGCUUCUCUAGAACCGGGUCUCGGAAUUCUGAAAUUGA